AUGUAUUCCCGGUACUCUACCCCUGACUACACCCUUGACUAUGACUAUGGCUCCAAGCGCUUGACUGAGCCAGAGCCUACUCAAGUAGCUCAACCUUCUCCCAACGAUAUGGUUGUGGAUGAACCGGUUAUUGAAGAGAUUAAGCCAAAUGUCAAAAUGGCUAGUGGUUUGAGUGGUCAAGUGGCCGUCAAUCCAAUGCAAACUGAUGUUGUUCCCCAAGCAGUGAAUAUCGAUAACAUGUCAAAGAUCAUGAUUUCGAAGGGCUUGGAGAUUGUCAAGACUCCAUCGUUCUAUUUCCCACUCAAAGCCAAAUGGCACUCCAUUUAUGACCCACAAGGGCGCUAUGAUCUUGGUCUAGGGGCGCGAUGUAAAAAGAACGAAAGAGAAGAAAUUAUCGAAUUAACCCACCAGCUUUCAGACUAUUCCGGGACUUUCGAAGCUUCCUAG